CAACCGAGCGGACAGCGUCAGGAAAGGCAGCGCAGCCAGCCUACAGGUGCAUCGGAAUGUCGGCGAUGGUGCACUCAUCAUUGACGAGAUCGGCAUGAACAGCCUGGACCACCUGGGUGUGUGCAACCAGUCCUGCACUCGUCACCUGUUGCCGCCACCGCAUCUCGCCAGCGACCACCCCGCCGCCACCAUCUUCAGCGGCCGUCCUAGCGCCAACACGGGCGACGAGUUCCAGCACCCGAAGCCAGGUGGCCCGCCCCUCUACAAGUACGCCGCUGCUGUGGAAUGCAACCCUCAGUUCUCGCCCUCUGUCCCAACCGCGCAACCUCUGCACGGAGAGGAGGACAACGAUGACGACCCUAAUGAGGCCGCCGCUGGAUCUCAAGGCGGUCAGCAGCAACCCGAAGCAGCAGCACGCCGGCCCCUGGCCGUCCCACAGACGCAGAGCUGCAUACUUGAGGGCUUCCAGGUUUACCGAUCCCUGGCUAAGACGGUCUUCUUGCUGGAGAAGCAGCAGCGCCAGGACAGCAGCCCCUCUGGUCGUCGCCUGACAGAGUAUGCCUCUAUGUUUGGCGGUGAGCCAGCCACCGAGCAGCGCAUAGCCGAGAUGGUCGACGACCUUAACAGCCGCGCCAUCGUCGACUUGGCCGACCUGGCACACCUCGAGCCGCGCGUCGUGCUGCAGAGGAACGAACCACGCCACACACUCAAUACCCGGCUCAUCAUGCUGGAGGCACAGCGCAAGAAUCAGCGCCUUGUGGUGUGGAAUGCGGACCACGUCCCUGUCCAGAAGCGCGGUGCUGCUGCGGAACCGGCCCUGACACACGUGGAGAAAGCAGUUGCAAUGCGGAUCAAGGAUCACGAGUUUGGCCACACCACCGCCGACACGUGGUACUACCAUGGCGCCCGAUACAUCCUCCUUGAUAUGACAGCUGCCGAUGCCGGAGCGAGCCACAACAACGAGGUGGAAGCCUGCGGCCUGCUUGAGGAUGGCCACGAGCCAGCCGAUGACGGCCGUGGCCCCUACCGCCGGCUCAAGUACCUUCCGGCGGCCGUCAUUGUGCGGCCUAUAAGCGGCCACAUCCCCGGCACCGUGCUGCAGGGCCUUGGAGACUACGCCAGCAGGGGUGGUGCCUUCAUCCUGUCACCCCGGGCGUCUUGCAUUGCCGAGGUGGAGAUGCCUGCCGCCGGGUACGGCACCAUCACAAAGCAGAUCCGGCGCCUGAACGUGCCGCUCGGCGACCGCCAGGCGGUCACCGAUUACUUCGUGCAAGGCCGCAGCUUCAAAGACGAGUGCUGGCUGGUGGAUCUCGCUGUCCCACCCAACGGCAUCAAGCGCGCCACCCUGUAUGUGCUGCUGACCCGCUUCAAGAUGCUGGACCAC